AAUUCCUAAAAUGUAGCCUGUUGUAGGUUGUAGGUAAUCUUGUGGUCGAUGAAAUGGUCAAUGUAAUGUGUAUUUAUGGAGAUAAGGGAUAGGGAAAUCUGGUGAAAAUGGCCACUAAAACUUUUCCCGUGGAAAAGUUGGUGCGCGUAGGCUACUACGAGCUGGAGAAAACAAUAGGCAAAGGCAACUUUGCCGUAGUCAAACUGGCUACUCACAUUGUCACAAGGACCAAGGUGGCCAUCAAAAUAAUAGAUAAGACUGUAUUAGACGAAGAAAAUUUAACAAAGAUAUUUAGAGAGACUGCUAUACUGAAAAAACUAAGACAUCCCCACGUUACCAGACUGUAUCAGCUCAUGGAGACAAAUCAAACUAUUUAUAUGGUUACUGAGUAUGCUAGCAAAGGUGAAAUAUUUGAUCACUUAGUUGCACAAGGCCGGAUGUCAGAGGGUGAAGCGAAACGGAUAUUUAGUCAAAUUGUAUCGGCAGUCAACUACUGUCACUCUCAGGGGGUAGUGCAUAGAGAUUUAAAGGCUGAAAAUCUACUAUUAGACCAUAACCUAAAUAUCAAGCUAGCGGAUUUCGGAUUCAGCAACCAAUUCACUGAAGGUUGUUUGCUAUCUACUUUCUGUGGUUCCCCGCCAUACGCAGCUCCGGAGCUGUUCCAAGGACUGAAAUACGAUGGACCUAAGGCCGAUAUAUGGAGCAUAGGAGUAGUGCUGUACGUAUUGGUUUGUGGGUCUCUUCCAUUCGAUGGCCCCACGUUGAAUGCCCUACGGAACGUAGUGAUAGAAGGCAAAUUCAGAAUUCCCUACUUCAUGUCACAAGAAUGCGAACACCUGAUCAGACACAUGCUGGUGGUGGACCCUGAGAAACGUCUCACCAUCGCGCAAAUCGUCAGGCACCGCUGGCUCAGCGAAGCCCCACCUGUUGACGCCGGCCCAGAAAAGGACCUGCAGCUCAACCGCACGGUUAUAGACCACAUGCUGCAGCUGCCCAACCUCAACCAGAACAUGAUAAUGCACUCGCUGAAAACCAACUCGUUCGAUCAUAUUUACGCUAUUUAUAAUUUGCUGUUGGAUAAGUUGCAUCAAAGGACGAUGGAUUUCCAGUCGCAGGUUUCCAGAAGGGUGGAUGAUCAGAGGAUGGAGAGGGAUGAAGCAGCGGAACAGAUGUACGGAAAGGUCCCGAAAAUAAACGAGCGCAGCGAAUCGUUCAACGAGACCCGUCUGAUACCGCAUCUGGCGCAAAAUCUCGACGUUUCCGGGCGUACGGAAGAACCGCUCAACUAUCGGCGAGAGAGCUUCAACGAGAACUACCUGCGAGCGGUCAGAGACGAGACGAACGAACGGUUAAGAGGCUCGCAUGCGGCGGGCGAAGAUGGCGGCUCUCCGUUCGUGUCGAUGCCCGCCAUUCCGGCCGUCUAUCUGGCUGGAGACGGGGAAAAUCAGCCGCUGGAAAAGUUUGGAGAAAUGGAAUUGGACACCAACGAAGAAACAGUCUCCAUGAGUGUCCCGUCUACGUCUACCACAGGCUACAGCAGCUGUACCUCUUCGACUGGAGAUAAAUAUCUCACUGCGAGAAGACAUACAGUCGGUCCUGGAGACUCAGCACACGAACAGGUUCUGGAAAGCCACUAUCUGCCACACCCUCACCACGAUCCUUCGGGGGGGAAAAUGCUCCCUCACACCAACCUGCCCCUGAAUCUCACCACCAUGGCGCAGCAGAACCCCCACUAUUAUUGCGGCAAGGAUCCCCAUCUGCUGAAACCCCCUGUGGUACUUUGUGCUGCUGGUGGGUUCGGCAGAAGAGCCUCAGAUGGCGGGGCGAACCUGCACAUGGCUUGGGGCGCUCCCGGAUCGCACGAGCAGCUGUCCAUGAUGUCUUCGAGUUCCAGCGGCAAUCCGAGUUUGAGCAGCGGUACCGGUACACAGCCUUCGGAACAUAACCAGCAUGUAUUGGACGAAUUGGCAGUGGCCAGAUACAUGCAGGGCAGAGGAAAUACCAAACGCCACACGAUGGCCAGUACUGAAGACGUCCAUUCCAUGCAAUCGACGACAUCUAGUGGAACGAGAGUUAGACGUACUGGUCUUCUGACAGUCACCGAAAGGCCGGUAAUACCACCAGAGGUCGUGAUGGAGGUAGAGGCACGCAUGAAUCGCAACUAUAUGCCUGCAAUUUUGCCGACUCGCAAACAAUCCAGGCACUCUAAGCCGCCAUUGCCUACUGUUCGAGAAAUGCAAGCCAGAGAACAAAAAUCGAGCGAACGAUUCUCGCCGGUUCGCAGAGGCAGCGAAGGGUCGGCUAGCCGCACUUUGAGCCCUUCGAUGCCGCAAGAGGCACAACGGAUGCAGAGGGCGCUGUCGUCGAGGAACAGCCCGCCCAGAUCGAUACCAGGCUCGCCCAUCCACCACCAAAAAUUCCUGUCGGACCGCACGUCGCCCAUCCACCAGUUCUACCACCCCGUACCAUGCGAAUCCACCACCACCACCACCAACCCUGCCAUGUUGCCGGAUCUGCAACCCUUCAGCGCGUGCAGGGAUCCCACCCUAGGUCUGCCGCCCGAGCACUACCAGCAACUCACGUACGGCCCUUACGACAAUUCGAAUAGGGGUGGCGUCUACGGCUACGACAACGUCAACCGCAGUCCUUUGCAUUCGUCGCCCUAUACGACGGUGCACAAUUGUGGGAGUUCGCCGAUCGGUCAGGGGGUGUUCAGUCAGGUGUCCAACUUGGGAUUGUAUUCAGGAAGUAAUUCGCCCAUUUUGAACCCGCUGCUCAGUCCAAAUAACUCGCCAGUAUUUGGAGGUUAUGGACAAACUACGCCUGGCAGUAGUAUAUCUUCCAUAACACAAGGCAUAAGCGGCCUGAACACGGCCAGCACCGGCUCCAUCACCCAGGGCAUCCCCUCUACUACCCUGCAGCAGCUCGACGCGCGCAACCAGCAUCCGCCCGCCGACGAUUCGAAGAUGAUGGACACCGGCCAGCCGUACCUGCCCUCGGCGGCGACCGCCUUCUUGCCCAACGCGCCUGCGCCGAACCUGUUGCAUCUGUUGGGCGGUCACAGGAGUCUCACCAAUUCGCCGAUCAGUAAUCCGGGCAGUCCGGGGCUGGAUAUGAUCCAGGAGGAGAUCGCCGUGCAGCGGGUGGAGCAGGCUGGUCGGCCUCAAAUUUCUGUCACGGAUGUGUUGGGUAGCGAAGUCACCUUGGUAGCAGCCUCCGACACCUCGGAGGACUCGAUGGACAGCCUGGAAAACCACAAACUCGCCAAAAUACCCUCCUUCAUCAUCUCCGAACCCUCGGACAAUUCCCCGUCGAUAACGCGCGGCAUCGGCAGGAAAACCAGUCAGGAAAGCGAGCCCAAACCGCAGGAAAUGGAAGAGUUGUUUUUGAGGAGGAAUUCCGACAAGAGUUCAUGCUAUUCGGACGAUUCGCUGUCCAAUGACAGUUUGAGCAUCGGCAAUCAGAGCCCGAGUUCCAGUUCCAACACGCAAUCUAGUUACGCAUUUGACAGCGACAUACGCAACAGGCCCAUCGACAGCUACGAGAAACUCCAGCUGGACAGAGAGUUGACGAACGCCUCUGGCGCCGAAAACUUCCAGAUCUUCCAGAGCCUGAAGACCGACCUGGACUGCCGCGUGCCUCCCACCAACUUGCAUAAAAACUCCGGCUCGUACGAGUUCGAGUUGUCCGACGUCUGCUCCAAGUUGCACUCGAACGACAUCCUGGAGAUGGUCAAAAAGACCAUCAACGACCAGAUACCGCCCAAGACCUGUCUGGGACCGGAGGAAAUCAGCGACAGGUUGAGUUUGGAGUACGAAGGCGGUAUUCAGAUCGAACUGAAAAUCGUGGAUACGCCGAGGGACUCGAAAGGACUGAAAAUGAGACGGAUAUCAGUGUAUGCAAUAGCCUCUUUCCGAGUUUCAAUAGAAGAUGAAAGGGUUAGAACUGCUUCUUCAAAUAUUGUGAUACGACCCUCAACCAAAGUUUUAUCUUCUACCACUUUUGAAAUUUCAUCGAGUUUUUCUUCACUAUCGAUAAAAAAAUGUAACGAUUAUAUCAUGUAGUUUCCUUUCAAAUGAUAUGUAUAUUCGGCACUUGCAUAAUAAAGGUUGUAAAGAUUAAUAUUUUCUGUCAAUUGGAAUCUGUGAUGUCAAUAAACUAAUUACA